UCAUCUGGAUCCGCAGGUUGCAAGAAAAAUGGAGUGUCUCAGACUGACCAUGAUGAUCCUUCUGCCUUUGCUUGUUUUUCAAGAAAUUCAAGCAAGAACUGUUCCAGAUAAUGCCUAUAAUCAACUUGAGAAGAACACCAUGUAUGAAAGGCCAUCAAAUCCAAUUUUCAAAUCACAAUCACGGCCAUCAGAGCCAACACCGUUGACCCAACAUAUCAGAAGAGCUACCCUCUUGUUCUUUCCUGCACAAUCUGCUUCCACGUCGAGAUCAAUCAUGUUUUCAGUUAUAAAUUUUUUAUUACGAACAAAAGAAAACUUACAUCGAUUGUUCGUUAUAUUCGUAUCCUAUCUAACAAGGCCUAAAGCCUCCUAUAUGCUGCCGGAAACACAUGCAAACCCAAAUUUGGCUUAUGCGGGAAAGGAUCCGCGAGCACCGCCACCACCCCCGAAGCCAUCUUCCGGGCCAGUCCCUGUAGCUAUAUUGAAAAAUAACUUAAAUACCCUCAACAAAACCUAUGUAAUAUUAAUUGAUUAUGAUGUAUAAUCAUUGUCGACAACGUGUAACAAGCUAAUUCAAAAUUAUUAAGAACCUUAAGCCAUAUGUAAAAGUUUAUGUAAUAGUAUUAUAGCUUCUUCUGAUUUUUAUGUGAAGAAUGUGUAUGAUAAUUCUACAUGAGAAUCAUGAUGUAGUGUAGUAUUGUUUCUAUGUAUGAAAAUUUAUGUAUUAGAGUAUGUACACAAUAGUUUUUCAAAUAAUUAAUACUGUGCCUUAUUUUUUUUCUAACUCUUGUUAUC